AUGGGCCAUGGCCAUUCGGACGUGUCAAACACGAGUACGAAAUCAUUAUCCUCUGAAUCUGAUGUAUAUCCUUUACAUAAUGAAAUUACGGUACCGGCAACGCCUACCCUAGAGUCAGUAUCGGAGAAAACGAUGGAGGCGAGCAAUCCUCACCGCACCGCAACGCACAGUCCCGGUAGUCAAACAAGCUCACUAAAUUCUGGGGGUAGCUCAAGGUCCCGCCCUGCUUUAAGUCUUCAUGAAUCUGUGGCAGCUGAGAAUGAGGCCAUUUUGCGACAAGCUGGACCAAGUGAAUCGAAUGACAACUGUACCAAUGCUGACAACUCGGAGGACGCGGGCACACCAACUAACUACAACCUUAUAAAUAACCCGCCAAACCUCGCAAGAAUACGACAAGUAAUGUUUGAAUGCAAAGAUCCAAUUGAAAUUAGCCUCGAGGAAUUUGAAACAUAUUGGCCAUACAUCGAUAAUGUGUGGGUUAAGCAAAGGUCCAACUCCAGUAAAGAAGGUCACUGCACAACGGACUACUAUAUGUGUCGCCUACGGCGCCCAACACACCGUACGUCCGAGACUCGGCCUCUGCCGGAGGGUAAGCGUCCUCGGAAAAAGAGGGUACGUGAGGGUGGUAUCUGCAACUUCCAAAUUAAAGUUGUGCGCUUCGAAGGAGCCUAUUCAACCGUGACUAUCGCAAGGACGCCUGGAAGCAGCCCUAUACACUCGCACGACCUGGAUUACAUUGACAAGGUAAAGCGAAAUUCGGGGCUUAUGGAAUUUGCCCGCAAGGAGGCCAUUAAGGGGUACUUACCUUCGUCUAUAUAUACGAAGUUCCAGGAAGAACCUGAGAAGCUUAUCGAAGCAGGGGGGAAGUUCUGUACUAUUACGGACGUUCGCAACGUCUCUGCGAAAUGGAGAAUACAAAACCCGGAAGUUAAGCUCAUACCUCACGAUGGGUAUGAAUAUCAGAAGGGCCAUGGCAUUGUGAGGAUAAAGGUUACAAAUGGUAGCUGCAAAGCACCCACCAAUCCACCGCCACCAAAGGUGUAUCUGGAUUCACCCCUACCGCCAGACACGCUUUUGUUCCCUCAGUUUCCUUUAGAUUUUCUUGAACCUUAUCUCCCCAGAUACGACGAGAGACGUCAGUUUCCACAUGUUACUUUGUCGUAUGCAUCCUCCAUGGACUCCAAAAUAUCUCUGCUCCCAGGAAUGCAGACAGUACUUUCUGGGCCGGAGGCAAAACUGAUGACGCAUUACCUAAGGUCACGCCAUGAUGCUAUUUUGAUAGGUGUUGGGACUGUGCUGGCUGAUAACCCGGGCUUGAAUUGUAGGCUGGAGGGUGCAGGAGGAUUUGGCGGUCUUGGACGAAUGUGGCAACCACGGCCGGUCAUAAUCGACCCGACAGGGCGAUGGCCCGUUCAUCCUGAAUGCAGAAUGCUGCGGACAGCGGUCGAAGGGAAAGGCAAGGCACCAUGGGUGGUUGUGUCGCCAGGGGCCCAAAUCCACCCCCAGAAAUUGAUGAUGCUGAAAGGGUACGGAGGCGACUUUCUCCGAAUUGUGGAGUAUAAUCAAAAUUGGCGUUUGCGCUGGGAAGCCAUUCUACGCGCUUGGCGUCGGAGGGGGUCAAAAGUGUGA